UUUGGCACCUUCCAUAAAGAGAUACCUAACUUGGGGUGUAAUAACAUUGAAUACUAAACCCCAUUUCUCUAUAAAAACACUUUGAAUAUGCCUAUAUUUUCAAACUUCAAACAGUUACAUUCUUUCCUAACUUUCAUCAACAAUUCAAAAAAGAAAAACACCGUAUUUUUACAGACAUGGGUUUUUUUGGAGCACUUGCAAGAAAUUUGGAUGCACUUCUUGGGCCUGGAGUAAUGCUUCUUUAUCCAUUGUAUGCAUCGAUGAGAGCAAUUGAGAGCCCAUCAACUUUAGAUGAUCAACAAUGGCUGACAUAUUGGGUUCUCUACUCCUUUCUUACAUUGUUUGAGCUCUCAUGUUGGAAGAUCCUCCAAUGGCUGCCGUUUUGGCCGUACAUGAAGCUUAUUUUCUGCUUGUGGCUGGUUCUUCCCAUUUUCAACGGCGCAGCUUACAUUUACGAGAAUUUUGUACGAAAAUACGUUAAGGUCGGGAGCUAUGUCGGCUCGAAUGUUCCAGAAGGCCAGAGGAGGGUUCUUCAGAUGAUGAGCCUUGAUGCUAGGAAAUCUGUUGAGAGGUACAUUGAAAAAUAUGGCGCCGAAGCCUUCGACAGGGUCGUCAAAGCGGCUGAAAGAGAAGCAAAGCGACAUUGAGGAGUUGUGAUAUUCUUUUAUUUCCAUAAUUAUUAAAUUAAGGAUGUUGUUUGGUAAAAUGAAUUGGAAUUAUGUUGUAAUUGCAAUUUUAUGAAAUUGAAUUUGUUUGAAGUUAUGAUAUUCAAUUAUAAACCUUUUGUUUGGUAAAAUCAGUGAACUGAUAAAAUUUAAUUGUAAUUGCAAAUGAUAUUUGGCGUUAUGUAAAAAGUAACUAAGAACUGA